AUGGCAUCCAAGAAUAACAACCCGGACAACGCCGCCGCGACCGCCUCGCUGCUGGAGGACUUCGUGGACUUCCUGAACGAGGCAUGGACGGCCUACCACGCCACCGCCGAGGCUCGCCGUCGCCUGCUGGCGGCCGGGUUUGAGGAGCUAGACGAGUCCCAGGCAACGCACGACGUCAAGCCCGUAAGCAAGGCGUCGAAGGCGGGGUUCUUGCAGCUGGCGACGCAGCCGUACGGGGGGGGUCUGUGGCACACGUGGUUCGACCGGGACCUCGGGGUGGCGGGCAGGGCGAUCGUCAAGCGCGGGGAGGGGAAGUACUCGCACGAUUUGGUCAAGAUCAACCGCCCUGUCCUUCGGAUCCCGACGCUGGCCAUCCACCUCACCAAGGCCGACGAGCGCAAAAGCUUUAGCCCCAACCUUCAGAGCAACUUUUUCCCGGUGCUUGCCACAGAAGUGAAGGCGAAGCUCACCGCCGGUGGUGCCUCUUCGAAGGCUGCCGCGGGGGAAGGGGAGUCUCCGGGAAAAGAGGGGGGGGGGGACGAGCGACACCACGCCCUGCUGGUGGAGAUGGUGGCGGAAGAGUUGGGGUGCCAGCCGGAAGAUGUGAAGGACUUUGAGCUCCAGUUUUGGGACACGCAGCCGUCCUGCUUGGGGGGCGCGUGCUCCGAGUUCGUGUUCAGCGGCCGUCUGGACAACUUUUGCAGCUCCUGGCAGUCCAUCCGUGCCCUGAUCGACGGUUGCGAGGGGGACGGGCUGGCUUCGUGCAAGGGGGUGAGGUCGGUGUUCCUUUUCGACCACGAGGAGGUGGGCAGCACCUCGUGCCACGGCGCCGCCGGUACUCUGCUGCCGGACUGCAUGAAGAGGAUAGCAAAGGGUCUGGCGGCAUCUCCAUCAGACUUCGUCAUGGAGGCAGUCGUGCGCAAGAGCUUCCUCGUCUCUGCCGACAUGGCCCACGCGCUGCACCCCAACUACCAGGACAGGCACGACCCCGCCCUCGGCCCCAAGAUACACUCCGGCAUGGUGCUCAAGCACAACGCAAACCAGCGGUACGCGACCAACGCCGUCACCGCCUUCUUCUUCAGGGAGCUGGGCGCGCGGGCGGGCUUGCCCACGCAGGAGUUCGCGGUUAAGAGCGACUCAGCAUGUGGGAGCACGAUCGGCCCGACACUCUCCGCGCUGUCGGGCAUCAGGACGGUGGACGUGGGGUCGCCGCAGCUUUCCAUGCACUCCAUCCGGGAGAUGAUGGGGGCCGACGAUGCCGUGUUCGGUUACAGGCACAUCAAGGGUGUGUUUGUUGGCUGUUUCUCUUGUUUUUUUUUCGCUUCGGGGGCGAGGGAGGAAGGUUGUUGUUUAGGGCGGCUGUGA